AUGGGGGUCUCUGUGCGGCUGGUGUUGCGCGAGUACGGCGGCAGCGACCCCGCAGCCGUGGCAAGCGUCAAGGUGCGCUUCUCCAAGCACGUUUUCCCAGGGGACACCCUGCAGGUCGCCAUGUGGGCGCUGCCCGAAUCCGACACGGUGGUGUUUGAGACGAAGAUCAAGGGGCGCGAGGGCGCGGCCAUCAGCAACGCCGCGGUGGCCUUCCGUCGGGGGCGGAUGGUGCGGCGGCGGCAAGGGACGAUGGGCGGCGGUGGGGGGGUGGCGUCCAAGCUUUGA